AUGUCGAUCGCUUCCCUCGCUCCAGCUAACAGAAAGAAGGCGAGAACGAUGGUUCUGAACUCCUUCACCACGUUCCUCACGUCUGAGAACAUAACAUCCGACGCCGCCUAUAAACUCAUCGACGCCGACAAGACAGGUAAGGUGCUGAGAAUCAUGUUAGAUACGUAUGCAUAUUCCCUAGCUAGAUCGACAGACAAAGUGCUACCAACGAAUACGUGUCUUGCAUAUUUCGGAAACGUUAAAAACUGGAUGCUGGAUAAGUAUCCACAACAGGGAGCAAUCGUGAAGCCACAGCUACAAAAAAUCCUAUUUGGGCUGGGAAAAUAUUGUAGCAACCGAGAAGACGGCUCGUUAGAAAAGAAGGCCCCACCAUGCUCCAAACAAGACCUGGAGAAUAUAGUUCGACUGCUGUACAAGUCUGAUUCUGCGGAUACCGUCUACCUCGACGCUGCCGUUGUCGUCAUGAUGUGGUACCUGUACGGGCGAAGCUCUGAUGCCGAGCAACUAGAGAAACAACAGCUCUCAAGAUUUUCUGCUAAGUUGUGA